UAACAACAAGAAUAUGAAAAAGAGAGGCAGUGAUGGGAAGCACCCAACGUAUCGAGGGGUACGCAUGAGACACUGGGGAAAAUGGGUAUCAGAAAUAAGAGAGCCAAGAAAAAAGUCCAGAAUUUGGCUUGGCACUUUUUCCACGCCAGAGAUGGCGGCUCGAGCCCAUGAUGUUGCGGCUCUCACCAUCAAAGGCUCCAGCGCUUUCCUCAAUUUCCCCGAACUAGCCUCACACCUUCCACGCCCACUCACCACUUCCCCUAAAGACAUCCAAGCCGCCGCCGCCCAAGCAGCUCAAUUCAAUUACCACCACCAAACCAAAACCUGUUAUCAAGCCCAAGCCCAAGCCCAGGCCCAAGAAUCCUCGACCGACGAUGAUGACACGUUCUUCGACCUCCCUGAUCUUUUGCUCGACUCAAGUAAUUGUGCAGGUGAGUUUCAUUACUCCGCGCCGUGGCUCGUGGCCGGAGCUGAACUUCUAGACACGUGUCUCCGGCUGGAAGAGCCUCCUUUCCCUUGGGAGUCUUACUAA